GAUGGCGGCGGGAGGCGGCGGCGGCGGCGGCGGGGCGCGGCGGGGCUUGCUGAAACGGAAACCGAACUUCACGCUGCAGGAGAUCGAUAUCCUGAUGAGCGAGGUGCUCAAGUACGAGCAGCUGCUCUUCGGCGCCGCCGCCAGCACCGUCAACGCCUACGAGAAGCAGAAGAUCUGGUGGCGCAUCACCAACAAGAUCAACGCCGCCGGCCGCAACCAGCGCGACAUCGGCGAGGUGAAGAACCGCUGGCGGGGGCUGCGCCGCAGGGCCAACGAUAAAAUCACCCGGCACCGGCAGGAGAGGCAGGGACCGGCCGCUCGGAGCCACGGCAGAGCGGGCAAUGGCGACGGCAACGGGAACGGUUCUGGGCCCGGGCCGCCCGAGCUCGGCCCCGGGCCCGCGUCCGGCUGGGGAACGCGAGGAGCCGCCGGGAUCGAGCCGCCGCUGCUCAGCGUCGAGGGGGUGGCACCGCACGGUGUUAAGGAGGAGUCGGUGAAGGAGGAACCGGUGGAGGUGAAGACUGAGCCCUUCCACAGCCCGACCUCCGACGGCCUCCCGGGGCAGCGGCUGCGCCCGCCCGCCGAGCUGUGCGAGGGCUGGAGCCGCAGCCCCCCGCGCCCCGCCGCCCCCGAACUCUCCCUCGGAGACCUGAGCGGGCAGCAGGAACCCUUGGGCUCGGAUUUCCCGAGUCUCCUCUUCGAGCAAGAGGCGGAGCAUCUCAAUAACUGCGGCGGGGGAGGGCGAGAAGCGGCUCCGCCCGGGACCGCGGCUUUAGCGGACGGGAUCAGCGAUUGCCCUCAGCUCAGCCCGGCCGAGAAGCGCCUGGUGCAGUCGAACGAGCGGCUGGUGCAGGAGAUGAGGGCGUUCCGACGGGAGUACGCCGAGAGCCGGCGAGAAACCGCCUCCGUGCUGCGCGUCAUGGCUCAGGCGCUGAGCAGCCUCAGCCGCAGCCUCACCGACAUCCGAGACCUCUACCUCCGGGAGCGGGGGCUCCCCAAGCCCUGAGCCCCCCACGCAGCUGGCUGCGUGCACCCGUGGCCGGUGGGGACCUCCCCUCUCCCCUCCCCCUGCUCCUGCCCCGGUGCCCACCUUGCUGCUUUUGAUUUUUAUUAUUAUUAUUUUCCCCCUUUCCUCCCUUUUCAUCCGGAAUAAAACUCAACGCUGCACCCCCCCGGCUCCCCCCUCCCCACGCUCCU